UCCACCUGUGCCACCACUCCACCUGUGCCGCCGCUCCACCUGUGCCGCCGAUCCACCUGCGCCACCGCUCCACCUGCACUCUAUUUAUUUUCUUUUCCUCCCGACUUCCUUAAUGGCGCUCUCCAAAAUAAUUUGGACCAAACAAAAAUCACCUUAUGAAAAGCCCCCCCCCCCUUCAUAUUGUAAUUAUUAAAAAAAUUAAUGCUCCAAAAGUUCUGGCCUGGGACUUUAGCAGUCCAAGGCCUCAGCCAGCAUUGGCAAAAAAAAACAGUGCUGCUGCAAUAUCAGACGGAAAAUCGGUUUCCAAAAUUACAUUAUAUGAAGAAUUUGUCGAUAAAGUUACAGAAGGGGAGUCGUACAUAAUCAGAGGCUAUGGCUUUCGAGGUGCUAAUCCUCCAUAUUUUAUUAAUAUAAAUAAAAAAACAGAAUUUUUUAAUGCACCAGACAUUGUUAUAACAGAAUCACUUCAGGCAGAAGCAAUAAAACUUUUAAGUCCCCCAUCUGAGCAAAUUAAAAUGUGCGACUGUGUAGUCAGCAGGGACCUGGUGACCAUCAAGGGCGAGGUGACUGAGGUCAGUCCAGUGAAGCCGGUGAAAGUAGGCAGGGACCUGGUUCCUGUGACAAAUCUGACACUUCUGGAGGAAGGCUUCUCAAUGGCCAUCAGCCUGUGGAGGGACAUUGCAGUCAUGGUAGACCUAAAUCCCGGGGAUGUGAUUUCUCUCACACACAUGAAAAUGGAGCGCUCUCCUUACGGACUUCAGAUGAAGUCGACAGGAUACACAACAAUCCAAAAAGAGGAAAAAGUAUAUGAGACAGCCACUGUCAUUGGUGUCAAGAAGGGCAGUUCGCCUGGGUGGCUAAAGGUUCUGCUGGCGAGCGGCGAAGACGUAAAGAUCAAAGAAGAAAUGUGGGAGCCGUAUAGGGAUGUCUUUAAAAAAAACAAACUCCAACUGAAACUAAAAAUGCAGGGUAAGGUUGUCACUGAGAUCUGUAGCACUAGUGAGCAGUAAUUUAAAGUCUGGGGGUGGUGGGAUGGGGUGGGGGGUUGUUCAAUCUCGCAGAAUUGUUGUUUUUUUGGUAAUGUAAAAUAUAUGAACUUUUACUUGAAAAGCAGAGGUAAAUUACAGAUGGAGAAGAAAAAAUGUGAUAAAAUAUGUUGAUGUAUUAAAAAAAUGUAGUAAAAAACCUAAUUUAUUUGUUUUUGUUUAUUUAAAAGAAAUGAAAUACUGAUUUAUGUAAAAAGUGUAAAAUUUAUAGAAUGUUGUUUGUUUUUUUUACAUUUAAGAAAGGCACUUUAGUAAAAUGAAAUGACCCAGUGUUAUUAAUGACAUUUACAAAUUGACUUUAUAAACAGUAAUGUUUUAUAUGUAUUUUAAUUAAUUGUAUGUUUUAAAGACACUGUCUUUUUGCUAAGAAUUAAAAUACGGAGUCUUGAGAACUUCUUCUGCUUUUUCUUUCAAAACUUGCACAUGAAUGUUUCUUCUGGCUGUUCCCCACACACAGGAGAAGUUGUCACAAUGACUUAUUUCCAUCACUAAAUCAGACGUGGGCCAGAUCCAACCCGCCUCCACGUUUGGUCCAUCCCACUUAACAAUAUCAGAGUGGCAUGAGUUUAUGGUUGAUGGUUUAGCUGUUCUUUGCAUGGUUUUUCACACUUGAGGCACAAAGAGAGACAUACUCUAUCUGGAUUAAAAAAUAUAUGUUGAGCAAUCCUUCAAAGCUCUUUAAUAAAUGUUUACAAAGUGUGAUCAUUAGUGUUUGUGAUUAGUUGAGUUUUGCUCAGUAUCGCCCACAAAGUCGAGGGGUAAACGCCUAUCUCCCACAGCCCCAGACUGACACAACUGCUCACAGGUGGAGGUAUGUCUGCAUUCAGGGUGAACACCUCCUCCUGCAAGGCUGGCGAGCGGGACUUUUCUGGGGAACUCUGGAGUUUGUGCGGUUUGAAAA